AUGGCAUUGAGUAUCCAUUUCUAUCGUUUGACUUAUGGUUAUGUGCCCAAGGAGAAUUACAGAUUAUUAGAUAGGUUAGGUCUCUUUUAUUCUGGUAUUCAAAACAUGGGUAAGGUGAGUAGACUGUACCAGAUUAACAUGGAUCCAUCAUUACAACUGAUUCCUGAGAGUCUGGUUUUAGAUGGUGUUAAGUCCUUUGUUGGGGCAGAUUCGGUUUGUUAUAAGCUGGUUAGUAGCUUUCUAAAUCUCGAGACCUUUGAUGAGGAUGGUAGAAAGAUAUGCUUCGGUUGUAUGCCAAUUGUUGGAGAAAUCAAUAGGGUCUUAUUCAAUCUUACCUUAAUGGAGUUCGACCGGCAGUUCAGCCAUAAAUAUCCAGGGAUUGCAUUUGAAAGAUUCAUAGGUAUGGUCUUUAUAGCAUGUACUGAUGAUCUAAGAAUCGAUGAAUAUCAAGUAUUUGAUAUGAUACAAGAUCUCGGGCUGUCUUGUUCAAUCGAGUAUAAAGAACCAGGGCUAGAGCCUCUCUAUUGUCGCAAUAGGAUGGUUGCUCUGGACUAUGAGGGUAAGGUUGUCGUGUACAAUCCUACAGAUUACUAUCCUACAGAUUAUGGUUAG